CUGAGUUAUUUCUUCUGUAAUUCAAAUACUUGCAUUGAGAAGUGCAGUUUUCUGGGGGUUGUGGUAAGUUCUUCGAAGGUACUGCCGCACAGAUGUAUCAAUCUUUAUGCAAGACAUUGGCAUCUCUUCCCAAAUUAACUCGUGUUUACUGCGCCCAUGAGUAUACAAUGAAGAACCUGGAAUUUGGUUCAACCAUUGAACCAGAAAACAUUGUGUUGAUGGAGAAGUUGGAAUGGGCUAAGCAGCAAAGGAGGUUGAACCUACCAACCGUUCCAUCCACCAUCCAGGAUGAACUCGACAACAACCCCUUCCUCAGAGUUGAUUUACCACAUAUUCAGGAGAAGCUAUGGUGCACAUCAGCAGUGGAAGCCCUGAAGAAGCUAAGGCAACUCAAAGAUAAUUAUGGGAGUUAGAAAUAUAUAGAGCAUGCUAGUCAUCCCAACGUUGACCGUCGCGAAUGAUUAAAGCUCAUUGAUCUAAAAUCUUUAGAGAAUCUUUGAUCAUUCAUCACGUCAUCAUGCUCCUUAGUGAGCAUACUAAGAUGUUGCAUGUAUUUUCUCGACUGAGUAGAAUACUAAGGUUUCCGAAUAAAAAAUAUUGUGGUCGAGUUGCAUAAGUAUACGCAUAACAAUAACAAUAAUAAUGCUAGUGUAACACUCGAGGCAUGCCCGGUAGUUUCACAUUGAUAUGAGUUGAAAUAGCAAAUAUCAAUAGAGCUUGUAAAUUAUCUAAAGAAUUUG